GCUCUGCGUCUGCCCGCGAAUGCCAUCGACUAUCGGCUGCAUCUGGCGCUGACUGGGAGGGCUAUUCAUCUUGGAUCGCCGUGUUCCAUCGGGCGAUAUCCCCAGUCUUUCCAGAAACGCCUGCCUUGUCUGCGUUGACGCGCUUUUGCUCAUUAUCAGCCUGCGGCUGUCGCUUAGCUUUGCGCCGCAUGGCGACACCGUUGCGGAGCCAUAUCUAUUACUCUCGACCGUUGAAUUAGGGGCGACCCGGCCCAGGAAUCCACUCAGGAGAGUUCCGCAUCUACCUCCAAUUGCCUGGAAAUGAAUCUAUUCUUGGAAUGGAUAUCAUUUCUUUCUAUCUAUAAUCCAAGAGUAGCCGGAGCUUCAGCGAGAAGCACCUCUCUCUGAUGAUGGACUUUCCAGCAAACACUAUAACCAACGUACAUGUCAUAGAUGGCUUCUCCAACAUCUAUUGGAGGAUAUACACUGAAGAGCCGGCUAGUGCCGCUCUUCCUGCUGAAGGGCCAGCCAAUGGCUAUACCAUUUUGAAGCACCUCAGUCGUCUCAAACGACUCGAGCUGCAUCUUAGGAACUUCGACUGCUUGGUAUCAUGUUAUCCCAGGCGCCUUGGCCUAUGGGUCUUUUCUGCGACUCCGGAGUUUGGCACACUGAAGCCUCUGAGCCGAGAUGGAGAUGGUACGAAUUUCAACCGGCUGACCCUUGACUCUGUCAACAUGAAAGUGGCCGCAGCAGGCACCGUUUCCGCGGCAGAUUUGAUGCGAUCUAUGUCAACGGAUCCUCAAACGCCCAAUCCAAAUGCGUCAGGAGCGCAAAGGUCUUUGAGCGCUGGCCGGCCUGGAGAAGGCCAGGGCAACCAAGGUAUCAUUUACGCAGCCUUCAUUUCUGCUGUCACCAGUGCAAUGUCCCUGCAAUUGGUGCGACGUCAUAAUGCAAUCCCCCUAGGGUCACGCACGCUCUUCACUGCAGUGGAAAGGAAUGGAUACGACAGUCCUAUUUUGCAUGAUAGUCCUGACUCAGUACCAUCCUUAACCACGUUGCGGAUUGAAUUGACCCCGCUGGGCAAGUUGAUAAUCUCUUUGCACACGAUAUCCCAGCAUGGUAUAACGCGGCUUUGGGAUACUGCUCGCAAUACCAUUGGACCGGCUCUUGAGAAAGGUCAGGACAUUUGGCUAGCACCUACUGGAACAAUCGCAAGAUUAAUAUCGGCCGAGGGCGAGGAUGGGUCCCUUCCCUCACCAGGCUUGUCUAACCCAAGAAACUCUGAAAAUGCAACACCCCAGCAUCUCCUCGGCUUAAAGCGCAAGAACUGGAAAGAGAACGUCGUGGAGUGGAUUCGAAACGUCGGCCUGCCUUUGAAUUCUGCUGAAGAUGAAUCGUGGAUAGAGGUUGAAGUCCCUGAACCAUUCUAUAGUCGGCUCGCAGCCGAGAGCAUGCGUCAGACCGAGGGAAAGCAGCCGUCGCCUCCGCUGCGCCGUCUAUUAUGGCCAGCUAAGUAUUCAUUUACGAGAACCAAGACGGACUCCCCAGUUGAAACCUCGAAAUUCGAACGCUGCGACCCUAUAGAUUUUGCAACGGAAUGGUUUGCAACGGCAAGUGCUAGGAAUGAAAAGUUAGCUGCCUCUCAGGCCACUGGCGGGUCUCCCGGGCAGCAACCAAAGGGCGCAGAGAUGUCUACACCGCGGACAGAUGCCGGAGAGGUAAUUGAAAGCCUGGCACGUGUGAACCAGUACCCUGAUCUGCAAGCUGCGAGUCUUGUAUAUCCAACGCCACCGGAUGGCGCACUAACGCAGGGAUUUAACAACGCCCCAUCUUCAGAUGCGUUUGCUGAAGUACCAGAUGCGGCGCCAUCAACUACUCAGAACGCAGGCCGUUUGAGACCUGCUGAUGAAGAGGUGGCUAAUGCCCAGCCAGGCCCUGACGUGAUGGACGGUUUCGGAACUUCUACCACCGUUGGAGUUGGAUCCGGGCUGUAUGAUGAGGAUGAUGACGAUGACCUGUUUGAGGAGAUGAAUGGAAAGGAUUUCGGGUCGAAGGGGAUCACUGAUGCUGACUUCAGUUUUUUCGAUGAGCCUGACAUAGCUAGCUUCGACGAUGGGAAACGGACAGGCGAUGCAGCCCAGGAAAUACCCCAGGAGGCUGCAGCUCAGAUCACUCUGGGAACGGAUUCUAUCAAACCGGAUACAGCAACACCAGACGUCGCAAUGAAUACGUCGGCGGAGGAGACUAAGACCCCUGUCGACGGGGAGCAUGGUGCAGUACCUACGACCGAUGUCGAUGGGCCAAAGCAUGAUCUCGCGGAAAUGAGCGAUGAAAACAUCGAAGACGAUGCCCAUAUAAAUAUCCCAGAUCAUGCCUCAGCAGCCGACGAUAGUCAAACUAUAAGCCCUCCCCUUAGUCCGGUGAAGAUCAAACGAAUAUUGUUCUCAGAGGUCCAACCGAUGCAGAGCACCCACGUGGAUAGGUCAAGCAUUGCACGUCAUUUAUCAAAUGAUGGUCGCAACCAGAGCCACUAUGGCCCAGUACCAUUCCAGAAAGAAUUGUCUUCCUGGGAUCAAAAAUAUGGCGCUGCCGGUACUUUUUCAUUGUCUAUUGACAAGGCUGCUAAGACUCAAUCUGGGCUAGGCGAUUCUACAAGUGAGAUUCCAACCAUAGGACUACCUCGUCCUGGGAGACCAAAGCCCUUGAAGUAUGGAUUUUCAAGGCCCAUGACGAUCGAUCAGGACACCGCCAUGAGCGACGGAGGGCCGCUUCUCAAUUCAACUUCUGCAUCAAGCGACGAGACUACCGAUGAUAGCGACGAUGAUUAUCCCGAAGGAACCAUAUCCCCCACGAGAUCUACAGCUGUGAAGAGGAAACGUGGAGUGUCGGAACCAGACAAUGACUCCGCGAUUUCUCAAGAAAAGACGUCGUUGGCCGUUGGCCCUGAUCUCUCUGUUAUAAAAGAGGAAAAUUCGACCUUUCUCGGAAAUUUCUUCUAUAUCUUCUCGGAUUGGUCCUUGGCAGGCUACUUCUCGGUCAGACAAAAUCGACUUCUUCCUGUUCUCGUCCGCAAGGAGGAUGUAGUUCAGCUGGCACAGCUCAUGGUUGACCAAGUCACACAGUCAUCCCUUACCCAUAAGCUUGAUGAGAAGAUAGGACUUCCAGAUCUCGGAAACGAUACUUUUCCUCUCCGAACUUUUCUUGAGGACAGCAGCGUGAUGGGCGAAACUGCGCGGCUUGAUCUGAAGAGCUAUGUUGAAAUCCAACAAAGCGAGUUAUCUCCAACGCAUGAAGGUCAGCCUCCUCGUCAAAGAUCCCAGCCUGUAAGGGGCACUAUCAGCAAGCUGGUGACGCCACACUUGCGCAUACGUCGCGGCAAGGAUUUCCUAGAGGUCUUACCUCCUGCAAUAUCAUUCUGGGAAACCUUUGGGCUAGAGCCUGCCCACGGCGAGAAGGAUAUCUUGGCUUACUGUAUCCAUCCUCAGUACGCCGCCGAGGGCGCCGACGCAUUUCUGGAGCGUCUGAGUUUGCUAUAUUCGAGCUGUGGCCUUGGUAAGCAUGCAAGGGGAGGUGAAACCAAAGACUUCGAGAACGGACUAGGACCCUGGAAAGUGGAAACGUCUCACUCAGGCUAUACCUCCACCAUGCAGGACCUCAAGGCCAUGUGUGAACGCUUAGGGAACAUUUUGGCCAAGCGAUCCCCGACCAAAGAUAACUACGUUAUCUACAUUAUAAAUCCGUUCGAACAUGCCGCUGCUCUAGCCGAUAUAUGCGCAGCUUUCCUACAACUCUUCCAGAAGUACAUUGGCGGUGCGGAUCGCCAAGAUACGCGUCAGCUCAAUGAGUUGGUCUUGCAAAUUGUCCCUAUGAGCUUUGUCUGGUCGCCACUAUGGGUUGUUGUUCCUACACAGAGUGAAUACCUUAAUCUGGCAUUGGAGGUGUAUAAUCGAUGCCCUCCCCGAGAUCAGGCUUCUGGCUCCAUGGGCUGCGCUCCCCCUUUGCUCCUUGCGGAACCUACUCCACGGAGCAUCAAUUUCAAACUAGUCUCCGAAAGAAUAUCGCCUUUGCAGGAAGGCAAAUGCCUACAUGUUUCAUUUUCAAGAAGCAUCGACCAACGUUGGGUGACCGUGGCCUGGUCGGACAAUAUUGGCUCUUUCCAAGUGGCUCUAUCCUAUUGUUUACGUUCGAAGAGUUCAAACGUCGCUAGAGCUAUUUCCGACGUGAGACAUGAGAUAUGGGAGACCACCAAAGACAUUAUAGAGAGGACGCAGGCUCGUUGGAGGGUACUUCUUGCGAAGACCGAACCGGUGGACCAAGAAGAGAUCGAAGCGUGGACAAACCUCGCAGAGAGAUACAAUCAAACACGGCCUGUCCCUGUCGAACUAACCAUAUUCAGCGUCGAUACUGCACCCGAUCUAUACCUGGAGCUACCACCGUCACAGAUACAUGUGCAGUUCCUCAACGCUCAGUCUACGUCCACGCCCGUCGCAACACCUAACCCUAGUGCGCCUUCGCCAGACCCGCUAGGAACUGCCGCGACACCGACCAGUGGCGGGAACGCCAUGGCAUCCGCCUCAACCCCCACUGACCUUCAGCCGGUUGAACCUGAUUCUGACACGGUGCUUGUUGACAUUUGCGAUGAGUCGUGGGGAGUCAUUUUGUCUCAUCGCCUCAAUAAUUCACCUCAUCUCACUGAAUACCGCCCAGCACUCGCUAGUGGUUACCUACUCCGGAGAAAGGGCACUUAUGAUGGAGACGGUGCUUUUGCGAUGACUAUCAAUUUGGUAUAUACACAACGGCCUGCAGCGUCUCACGAACUACUUCUUAAGGAGGUCUUGGGAAUGUACCGGGAUCUCGCUACUCUUGCUAGAUAUCAAGGGAUCGCUAGUGUCCAGCGGAAUACGUUACCGUGGCAUAUUGCUACGGCUAUAAGAGGGCAGGAGAUGCUUAGUUAUGUUCUAUGAUCGCUCUGGAAGCCGCAUUUUUGUUUGGAAAGGGUCUGGUGAUCGAGGCGUUUUAAGGUCACACCACCAAUGCUUCGUAUUGUGUUUGUUUCUCUGGUAUAUUAUUAUUCUUUUCGGGCUGGUCAUGCGGGGUUGGAUACCACUUCUCCUGUAUUUAUCAUGGAUGCACAUGGGCGGCGUUCUUCUUGCAUACCCAUUCGUUUACCGGGGAAAGGGGCGAGUCCCCGGGCUUUGGCGAUGUACACUCGCGAUAUUUAAACCACAGGCACGGUCCUAUGUAUUCAUGUAUGUUACAUGGUGGCACAAAUUAUUGUGCAAGAUAGAAAGACAUUUUACCAUCUCGGCGCGCUUUUCAGCGCUCCUUACGGGAUC